UUCCGUUCCCCCCCAAGAAGCCCCUCAUCCCGUUGACCUCUCAUCCUCUGGUUUCUUCCAGUUCCACAUCUCUUUUCUUCAGAAGAACAGUUCAACAUCUCAGACAUGGAUGAUGGAGUAUAUCACUGCCAAGUGAAUUGGGCGGUGAACCUUGCCAUGCCGUUGGUGGACAAAGCCUUCUCCUACAUGGAUGGCGUCAACCAGGAUAGGAAAGAGAAGCUGUUGCAGGGUCUCUCAGUAGUACGAAAUGACCAUAGCUAUCCGCGGUACCGAUUUACCGUUGAUCAUCCACGAGAGACGAACCUUUUGCGCGCUGUUGCGGAUCUGGAGGACGCAAUCGACGAUGUCGAGCACAGAAAGCUGCAAGAGGUUCGUGAUCCCAUACUUCACAACUUUAACAAGCAUUUUGUGCCUUCUGGCAAUAGCCUGGAAUUUGCUAUCCGGCGGUUAGAAGAUGCUGUCGUUAUGUUAGAAAAAGAUGCGCCAUUCUACCCAUCCAUUGGUUUUGUCAGUCCACGUGGUAAUCUCUAUUACAAAUACAAUGAGAACCGCAUGGUAUUGUUUGGUAGAGAAAGAGAGCAGCAACAGAUAGUGCAGUGGUUGAUUGAAGAGCCUCAACCUAUUAGCAUAAACCAUCCUGUCUCCAUAUUUGCAAUAGUAGGUAUGGCAGGCAUGGGGAAGACAGAACUUGCUCGUCUUGCUUAUGAGGACUCGAAAGUUCGAUUGAAUUUUGACUCAUGUACCUGGGUGUCACUGCAUGGUAAUUUUAGUGCAGAAGCAAUAACAAGGGCUAUAGUGGCAUCAAUUACCGGAAGACUUGCUAUGCUGCAGACCACGAUUGCUACUGAUAAUAUCAGAGACAAUAAGCUUCUACUUGUUCUGGAUGAUGCCUGGGAUGAUACUAGUCUGGAGGAGUGGAAAUCAAUGGCAGAUUCUCUAAAAGAUUGCAAACCUGGGAGCAGGAUCCUAUUGACGACUCAAAUGCAAUCAGUAGUGGACAUUGCAGAAGAUGGCAUAGGAGUUAAAGCUGACUGUGUGAAAUUGGGUGAACUUGAUGAAGUUGACAAUCUCAAGCUCUUUGAAACUUGUUUGCUUUCUGAUGGGCGUUCUGAAGAUUAUGCUGAUUUCGCAUUGAUUGGUGAACAGAUAGCAAAACGGAUUGGUGGAUGCCCUCUACUAACGGCUAUGGUUGCUUCACAGUUGAGUUGCAAUAUGAAUCCCCAACACUGGAACACCGUACUUCAAGAAGGCUGGCAGUAUGUAGCGGGAUUUGACUUUCUUUUUACUAGUUACAACCGUCUACCUACGGAGCUACAAAAUUGCUUUAGAUAUUGCAGUAUAUUUCCAAAGGGACACAGAUUUGACAAGUUGGAAUUGGUAAACAUGUGGAUUGGUUCUGGAUUGAUACCUCUCAGCCCACUGGAAAGAGAGUUUGAUGUGGCGAAACGAUUGAUAUCUCUCAGCUCAUCAGAAAAACGGGAUGCUGAUGUGGGGAGGCAAUUGUUACCUCUCAGCCAAUCGGGAAAAACGGCUGUUGAUUUGGGGGAACAAUACUUCGAUGCAUUGGUUAAAAAAUCAUUCUUCUGCCCUAUGCUAGAAGCAGAACCUUCUAAUGGAGAUCAGAAAGAAUAUUAUGUCUUGCAUAGUUUAAUGCAUGACUUGGCACAAUUUGUCUCACAAGGUGAAUGUGCGAGAGUAGAUAACGAUGAUUUCCAGAAUGUCAUGCCGAUGACCAGACACUUGUCAAUUGUACAUUGUGGCAAUUUAAACCAGAUCCCCCGUUUGAAGUAUUUGCGGACUCUUAUCAUACAAAGUGAGUUCUAUCUGGAUCAAGAAUCUGAACUUGCUCUCCGAUAUGUUCUGCAGUGUUCUAGACACUUGCGUCUGCUAUACCUGCGUGGGCCAUCCCUUUCACCUGAACUUUGUGAACUCAACACUCUAACUCAUCUCCGUUAUCUCUUUUUAUUUUCAUGUGUUGGAUCUAUAAUUAACCAUGUGCGUGGACUCGAUCAUCUGCAAGUGCUCAAGAUCAAUUACUUCACUAAUGAUGAAGAAGAAUACUUCAAUUACAUACAUAAAUUACAGUCAUUGCAUUGUCUCCAUGUUCCUGAAAAUAUUAUGUUAUCCAAGAUCCUUCAAAUUGGGAUGUUAACCUCGCUUCAGGAGUUACAUGGAAUUGGGGUUGCUGAAAAUGAUGGUCACAGUAUGAGUGUGCUGAGUAAUUUAACUGGCCUAUGUCGACUCAGCCUAAGAAAUCUCCAAAAUGUUAGGAACUGUAAAGAGUCUAUGGAUAUCAAAAUAAAGGACAUGAGACAGAUGAGAUUUUUGUCUCUGUCAUGGAACAAAUACUUGAAUGAUCCAGAGAAUCUUGAUCAUCAAAUCAUUGACAGCCUGGAACCAAACAAAGAAAUUCAGCAGUUGCAUAUACAUGGAUAUAGUGGAGUCCGACUUCCGAUUUGGAUUGAGAAUCCAUCGCUCAUCCAUUUGGUCUCACUUGAGCUUGAAUGUUGCAUGAAAUGGAAGAGCAUGCCGUCAUUUCAGAAGCUAAGUUCACUGAAGUAUCUCAAGUUGGAACACCUUUUACAGUUAGAAUGCAUAGGUACAGUGAAAAAGGAGCAAUUUGGGAACAAUGAACCAGAGAAUGUUCUCCCUCCAUUUCUCAAAACUCUCAUCAUUCGGUGGUGCUCUAGCCUGAAAAAUCUCCCGUCAAUACCUUGUACCCUUCAUCAAUUAAUAAUAAAGCAUGUUGGGCUUGCUGUUCUGCCGAUGAUACAUCAAAGUUAUACUGGUACGCGUGAAUCAUCAUUCUCGUCAUCAUCAGUAAAGUCAUGUCUUGUUCUUUUGCACAUUGAAUGUUGUGAAGAUUUGACUUCUCUGGAUAAAGGUCUUCUGGAGAAGCAGCAAUAUCUUCAGUCCCUCAAGACAUUACUUGUGAGACAUUGUGAAAACCUAAGACAUCUGCCUGCAAAUGGUUUAACAGAAUUACAUCACCUGACUUCCCUAGAAAUAGUUGCAUGCCCAAUGCUGAGGAAUGUUGAGGCCAAAGGCAACCUGUGGCCUAUGUCACUCAAGAAGUUGGACAUCAAUCCAUGUGGUCAUAUUGAGGAUUCAGUUCUCAUGUCACUGCAAGACCUCACAUCCCUCAGAAGUUUUACACUGUUCAGCUGCUGUAACAUAGAGAAACUUCCAUCAGAGGAAGUGUUUAGGACUCUGAAAAAUCUGAAUGAUGUUUCCAUAGCAAGAUGCAAAAACUUGUUAUCCUUGGGUGGUCUUGGAGCUGCUCCAUCCUUGAGAGUUCUAUCAAUCCUAUGUUGUGACAAGAUCCAUCAUUUAUAUUCUGAACAAGCUGGUUGCUCCUUUAAGCUGCGUAAGCUCGAAGUUGAUCGUGAAGCGAUGUUGCUAGUGGAGCCAAUAAGGAGUCUCAAGUACACUAUGGAGCUGCACAUCGGUGAUGAUCAUGCGAUGGAGUCCUUGCCUGAGGAGUGGUUGCUACAGAAUGCUUCUUCGCUCCGUUUGAUCGAGAUAGGGGUUGCUAAGAAUCUGCAGGCCCUACCUGCUCAGAUGGAAAAUUUGGAAUUACUACAGGGCUUGCAUAUCGAAAGAGCCCCUGCAAUUAAGGUCCUCCCACAGCUACCAGCUUCACUUAAUAAGCUGACAAUCUGGGGCUGUGACCCAAGGUUUCUGGAGCGCUAUGAAACUAAUGUUGGUUCAGACUGGGUCAAAAUCAAAGACAUUGCUCAUGUGGAUAUGAAGGCCUACUCCGAAGAUUCAAGCGACGAUGAUGAUAAGAUUCAAUAUUUUGAUGACAGCACCACCAAUCCUUCCCCCCGAUUUGUUGUCAUAGACUAAAUACCAGUGCAACAUGUGGAACAGUGGAAACCUUUGUGUAAAGAGUAAGACCCAUGAAUAGCUGAGUAGUUUCCUACAAACAUUGCGAUGUUGUCAGUAGCAUCAUAUGAAUAUGAUCCAAUCUUGCCUCUGGUAAGGUGCAAUAUCCAGAACGCAAUCAAUGCAAUGAACAGACUCUACACUCUUGUUGCUGGUAGCACCAGAUGAUAUGAACUUUACAGGUACUUCAUCAAAAAGCUAGUGCAAAACUGCAAAUCAAGACUGGCAUGUCCUCUUUGCUGCCUCUUUUGCACAAGCUAAAUGGAUAUUAUACUCUUUUUCAACAUAACGAUAAUGUACUCUGGAAUUUUUGUAUAUUCAUUUUGUUCAAAAUUUCAGUACUACAGCACAUAUCUAUAAUAUAUUCUGAAGUUUUUGCA